AUGGCUGCUCCUGACUUUUACAACCCCCCGAUCUCUGCGUACCCCUCGCCGCUGACGGGCUACGAGGGCAAGGCACCACUCAGCGAUGAGAAGAACGACGACGGCAAGAGCCUCAAGAACGAACCGGCCGCCCGCAGCCCAGCUUACGACGCCUUUGUCGAUCCCCUGGAUCGUGGACGGCGAGGCGGAUUUGACGUCCACAUCUACUACUUCCAGGCCAACCCCCAGCAGCUGGAGUACGCCCGCGCCCUCCACGAGCGCAUCCGGCGAGACCUAGUCCCUGAGCUUCGCAUCUACCGCUUCUGGGACCGCCCCAUCGGCCCCCAUCCCGUCGCCAUGUUCGAAGUCAACCUUUUUACGCCGGCCCAGUUCGGCGCAUUCAUUCCCUGGCUGGCCAUCUGGCGUGGCCCCUUGUCGGCCCUCGUCCACCCCAACACCACCGAAGGCGGCGGCGCGGCCGACCCGGUCGGCGAGAUCGCCACGGAGCGCCGCAACCACUCGCAGCGGGCCAUGUGGCUGGGCGAGCGCGUGCCGCUGGACUUUACCGUCUUUGACAAGAUGGCCAUCAACGCGGCGGCCGCAGUCGCGUCGGGCAACCCUGCCGGCUUCAGCGGAGACAGCGAAAAGGCGGCCGCUGUCGAUGCCAUUGGUCAGACCUGA